AUGCGAGAAAGCAGGCCGCCGUCUCCGACGCUGCACUUGGACCUCGACAACUUUGAUACAACAGACGCUGAGGACAGCACAUAUGUUUUAACCAGCCCGCGGUCGUUGGAAUCAUGUGCAAGACUCGGCGUCAAACCUGUUGAACUUUUAAUAAAAUCUCUAAGCGAUUUCGUUGAUGACAACGUAAACCCAGAUAUCCCGUUUAAGGCACUGACAGUUCUGUACGAGGCAUACGAAAAGGAAGUGAGGGGGGUUUUGCGGCUGUGCCGUGAAGAGAGAGAGAAGAUUAUCUUAAAUACGAAAGAAAGACGACCGUCCGUUAAACUGUCAGCCCUCGAAACAGUCCUCGAGAUAGAAAGUCGGAACUCUCUCGAAGAUAUCAACUCAAGAAAGGACGCUUGUGAUGGUUUGAGAACGGGAGCAACUCAAUCUGUGGAUCACAGCCCCAGAAAGAAAUAUGUGAGCAACGGCAGGUCCUAUUCUGCUGCUAUCACCAGAGAAAAAAACAGAAACAGCUUGAGACCAACUGACAAGAACAUCAUGGUGUCCAGCCUGAGUCUUGGUGACCUCAGACACUCCCCGGCCAUAGAAAGGCAGUUGGAGAGGCUCACUCGAGACAUCAGGAAGAAGAUGAGUGUGACAGUCUCAGAGAAAGACCGUAAGAUAGCAGCUCUGAUGUUGGUGAAGCACCAAGAAGAGCAGACCAGGCUGAGGCUGAGCCAGCAGGAGGAGCAGGAGAGAGAGGAGGCCCGGAGGCAGGAGGAGGUGCGACAGGUCCAGGCUGAGCGCAGGAGGAGGAAGGAGCUGGAGAAGAGCAUGCAGCGGUGGCAGGAUGGGCUGGAGGCGCGGAGGAGGCAGAAGGAGCGCCAGGAGAAGGAGUUGGCCGGUCUGCGCGAGCAGGAGGUCCUACUGCAGGAGGAUCGCUGGAGGAGAAUCACAGAGGAGCAGGAGGUGCGGAGAAGAGACAAGAUAGAGGCGGCGAGGAGAGAAGCGGAGGAGCGCAAAUGCUUCCAGGAGCAGCUGCUCAAAGACAUGGAGCGUCUGGAGAAGGCAGAGAGGGAGAAGGAGGUGCAGCUGUCACAGGAGAAGGAGCAGAGGGCCAGGAGGAGCAGGGUGAUCCGAGAGAGGAGGGAGAGGAAGAGGCUCCAGCAGGAGAACCAGAGGGAACAUCUCAGAUGCCUCCUCCUGAAGAGGGAGGUACAGCAGCGGAUCGAGGAGGAGGAGGCGCUGAUGAGGUGUGCCCUGGAGGAGAAACUGCAGCGCUCCUGGGAGAAGAGGGCCCGGGCGGUGGCGGAGCGGCUCAGGGAGCUGCAGGAGAGAUCGGCCAGGGAGGAGGAACAGAUCCACAGGGCCCAGCUACGAGCCUCCUGGCACAGCCAGCAGCAGCUCAGAGACAAAGAGGUGAGGACAGCACACAGAUAUACAGGAAAACUAUACACUAUAAUACAUGCAAUAAACAACGCCGGAAAGUGAGCACACACAUUUUCACGGUCCCUGGCAUACUGUCCUAGCCAGAAUACCGCUCUCUUUAGCUAACAUUCCACUCCUUGCCACUCCUUGUCAUUGACAAAGAGACUGGCCUUUCAGCAGUCUUCAAAUAUGAACAUUCUAUCAUUAAUGAGCUCAAGGAGAUCAGAGGAUUUGAUCCUGAUUCGAUAACCUAAUUCAUAAAUUUGAUUGUAAAGUAUGAAAAUGUAUGCACUCACUAACUAACUGUAAGUCGCUCUGGAUAAGAGCGUCUGCUAAAUGACUAAAAUGUAAAGAGUCUAGCGUUGGUCAUUCUGACGUAAUACAUUUCAUUGUAAACUUAAACAACAUGCACAGGGAGAACAGAGGAUUCCUGUUUACUUGUUUUUUACCACCAGCCAAUGUGAUCGCAUCACACCAGAGGAGCUCUCACCAUUCAAACUUCCCAGCCAGUGCAUCGUGAACGCUCUAGCCUAUUUUAUAUCCAUCAAGCAAGGUGCUUCUUUCUAUAUAUUAAUUGCUCAAAAUAAGUCACCAAACCAUAUUGCUACUUCUGGGACACACAUUGGGCUAGGCUACUGGUGCAAUAGCUAUAAGAGGAAUAGAGAGAGGAUGGAAGAGAGGCCAGCCGAGAGGCCAGCCGAGAGGCCAGCCGAGAAACAUGAAUUGCGCAAGAAGGGAACCGUUAAGACAGAUGUGUCAAUUAAAGUUAAUUAAUAGGCUGGGCUAUUAAUCCACCAUUUGAAUGCUAGCCUAUAUUAGGCCCAGUCUACUACAGUGAAUUUAGGUGUCCAGCACCUGUGCUAAAAGUUUUUGUCUGAUGCACGUUUUAUGCUAAUGUAUUGAAGUUGAACAUCGCCCAAUGCGUCCGUUUUAAUUAAAUGUGCAAUAAUAUAUCUCUCUCUAUAUAUAUUAAUGCCUAUGGCUAUUUAAUGAAACCCUGGCUGUUGAGUAGGCAACAGAUAGUAAAACAGGGAAUCUCUGAUUCCUCCCUCUCACCUUUACUAGCCUGUCCAGCAGCUCACCUUUACUAGCCUGUCCAGCAUCUCACCUUUACUAGCCUGUCCAGCAUCUCACCUUUACUAGCCUGUCCAGCAUCUCACCUUUACUAGCCUGUCCAGCAGCUCACCUUUACUAGCCUGUCCAGCAUCUCACCUUUACUAGCCUGUCCAGCAUCUCACCUUUACUAGCCUGUCCAGCAUCUCACCUUUACUAGCCUGUCCAGCAGCUCACCUUUACUAGCCUGUCCAGCAUCUCACCUUUACUAGCCUGUCCAGCAUCUCACCUUUACUAGCCUGUCCAGCAUCUCACCUUUACUAGCCUGUCCAGCAGCUCACCUUUACUAGCCUGUCCAGCAUCUCACCUUUACUAGCCUGUCCAGCAUCUCACCUUUACUAGCCUGUCCAGCAUCUCACCUUUACUAGCCUGUCCAGCAUCUCACCUUUACUAGCCUGUCCAGCAUCUCACCUUUACUAGCCUGUCCAGCAUCUCACCUUUACUAGCCUGUCCAGCAGCUCACCUUUACUAGCCUGUCCAGCAUCUCACCUUUACUAGCCUGUCCAGCAUCUCACCUUUACUAGCCUGUCCAGCAUCUCACCUUUACUAGCCUGUCCAGCAUCUCACCUUUACUAGCCUGUCCAGCAUCUCACCUUUACUAGCCUGUCCAGCAUCUCACCUUUACUAGCCUGUCCAGCAGCUCACCUUUACUAGCCUGUCCAGCAGCUCACCUUUACUAGCCUGUCCAGCAGCUCACCUUUACUAGCCUGUCCAGCAUCUCACCUUUACUAGCCUGUCCAGCAUCUCACCUUUACUAGCCUGUCCAGCAUCUCACCUUUACUAGCCUGUCCAGCAGCUCACCUUUACUAGCCUGUCCAGCAGCUCACCUUUACUAGCCUGUCCAGCAUCUCACCUUUACUAGCCUGUCCAGCAUCUCACCUUUACUAGCCUGUCCAGCAUCUCACCUUUACUAGCCUGUCCAGCAUCUCACCUUUACUAGCCUGUCCAGCAUCUCACCUUUACUAGCCUGUCCAGCAUCUCACCUUUACUAGCCUGUCCAGCAUCUCACCUUUACUAGCCUGUCCAGCAUCUCACCUUUACUAGCCUGUCCAGCAUCUCACCUUUACUAGCCUGUCCAGCAGCUCACCUUUACUAGCCUGUCCAGCAUCUCACCUUUACUAGCCUGUCCAGCAUCUCACCUUUACUAGCCUGUCCAGCAUCUCACCUUUACUAGCCUGUCCAGCAUCUCACCUUUACUAGCCUGUCCAGCAUCUCACCUUUACUAGCCUGUCCAGCAUCUCACCUUUACUAGCCUGUCCAGCAUCUCACCUUUACUAGCCUGUCCAGCAUCUCACCUUUACUAGCCUGUCCAGCAUCUCACCUUUACUAGCCUGUCCAGCAGCUCACCUUUACUAGCCUGUCCAGCAUCUCACCUUUACUAGCCUGUCCAGCAUCUCACCUUUACUAGCCUGUCCAGCAGCUCACCUUUACUAGCCUGUCCAGCAUCUCACCUUUACUAGCCUGUCCAGCAUCUCACCUUUACUAGCCUGUCCAGCAGCUCACCUUUACUAGCCUGUCCAGCAGCUCACCUUUACUAGCCUGUCCAGCAGCUCACCUUUACUAGCCUGUCCAGCAUCUCACCUUUACUAGCCUGUCCAGCAUCUCACCUUUACUAGCCUGUCCAGCAUCUCACCUUUACUAGCCUGUCCACCUCACCUUUACUAGCCUGUCCAGCAGCUCACCUUUACUAGCCUGUCCAGCAAUCUCACCUUUACUAGGCCUGUCCAGCAUCUCACCUUUACUAGCCUGUCCAGCAUCUCACCUUUACUAGCCUGUCCCAGCAGCUCACCUUUACUAGCCUGUCCAGCAGCUCACCUUUACUAGCCUGUCCACAGCUCACCUUUACUAGCCUGUCCAGCAGCUCACCUUUACUAGCCUGUCCAGCAGCUCACCUUUGACUAGCCUGUCCAGCAGCUACCUUUACUAGCCUGUCCAGCAGCUCACCUUUACUAGCCUGUCCAGCAUCUCACCUUUACUAGCCUGUCCAGCAUCUCACCUUUACUAGCCUGUCCAGCAUCUCACCUCAGCAGGAUGGGGCCUUUUCAUUAGGGGAGGGACGUCUAACCUUAACUAGCCUGUCCAGUGUGGAUCGCUAAAAUAAUAAUUAUGAUCACAUUUCCUCAAUUUAAGGGGACACCUUUACAUUUGGCAGAGAGAUUGAGGGGAGGAGGGGGGUGUUAUAGGAGCAAGCCAGACAGCAAUCAGAGGGUUGCCGGUUCGAAUCCCAGUGAUCCGGGGAAAAUCUGACCGGAAUAAGCCGGCAACUGGAGGGUUGCUGGCAUUAGAAUCUCAGGUGCCACCUGAUGCCGUUGUGCCCUUGGGCAAGGAACUUAACCCCUAACCAAAUGUGCAACUCACAUUGAACAAUAAAGUUAUAUUCUAUUGUAUUUGUCUAGAUACUGGCCCAGUUGAGUCAGCAUCGUAUGGAGCAGGCAAGCCAACACGCUCACACCCAGAGGAGGAGCAGGGCACAGCGGGCACAGCAGGAAAACAUGGAGAGACUCCUCUGCCACCAGCGCCUCCUAGACAGGGUACAGAGAGAGGAGGAGACCGAGAGGCAGCUGAGAGAAUGCCUCUUGAUUUGGGGUUAUGAGAGGGGGUUUGUGGGUGGGAGGGGGUGGGGUGGGUGGGGGUGUGGGAGGUAGGGUGUGGUGUGAGUGUUAGGUGUGGGGUGAGUGUGUGUGGUGGGUGUGGUGUAGGGGGGUAUGGGGGUGUAGGGAGUGGUGUGGUGUAGGGGUGUGUGGUGUAGGUGGGUUGUGUGGUGUUAGGGUGGGGUGGGGUGUAGGGGGGUGUGGGGGGAGGGGGGGAGGGGUGGGGUGUUGAGGGCUGGAGGGUGUAGGGGGGGUGGGUAGGGGGGUUGGGGUGUGUGUGUGGGUUGUGGUGUAGGUUGGGGGUGGGUGGGGGGGUGGGUGGGGGGGGGUGUGGGUGGUGGGGUGGGGGGGGUGGGGGUGGUAGGUGGGUGUGGGGUGGUGGUUGGGUGGUGGUGUGGUAGGGGGGGGUGUGGGUGGUUAGGAGGUGUGUGUGUGUGUGGUGUUAGGAGGUGUGUGUGUGUGGUGUUAGGAUGUGUAGGGGGGUGUGUGCGGUGUUAGGGUGUGUGUGUGGUGUUAGGGGGGGAUGUGCGGUGUUAGGGUGUGUGUGUGGUGUUAGGGGGGGAUGUGCGGUGUUAGGGUGGGUGUGUGCGGUGUUAGGGGGUGUGUGUGCGGUGUUAGGUGGUGUGUGUGCGGUGUUAGGGGGUGUGUGUGCGUGUGUAGGGGGUGUGUGUGUGCGGUGUUAGGGGGGGUGUGUGUGGUGUUAGGGGGUGUGUGUGCGGUGUUAGGAUAUAGGAUGCACACACCUCCUAUCUUCUUUCAGCAGUCCUGGUCAGUAGUAGUGUACUAUAUAGGGAAUAGGGUGCCAUUUGGGACAGUAACACUGUUUUAUUUCACUGUAAAGUGUGUUGCAGCGAUUUUAAAUGCACAUAAAAUAAAGUUUGAUUCUUAGGAGCGUCGGCGGGAGCGUCUGCAGAGGCAGAGAGAGGAGGUGCAGGAGGAGGCUCGUAGGGUGGCUCGCGCCUCCUUCCAUAUGAGGGAGAAGGUGAGGGAGGUGACGCACCGCAGGACCUUCGACCAGAUGGCUCUGCAGGCUCAGCUAGCUGCCUCCCUGCUGGGCCGUGUCAAAAUAUGA